AUGUCUGAAUCGCAAGUGGCCGCUCUUAGUACACCCCAUCUCAACGGCAACGAGGAAUUUGCCUCUGUUGAGCACCAAACUCCCGUGGUGCGCAUGGAAGAUGCUGCUGAAGGCGAUAUAAGUUUCAGCGCCGGUAAUGCUGUUUCUGUGUUUGAUUUGGCUGCAGAAAUCGAAAGCAAGUUGGCGAAAAUCGGCCAAAAAAUCAAAUCCCACGACGACGAGCUCAAUUCGGCAAUUGACCAGGUACUUGAUUCCUUGGAAGCUCUCGAAUCGAAGCUUCAAGCUCCAUCUUCGCUCGAAACAGAACCCCAGUAA